AGCGCAGCACGCGAGGCUUGAGGUAGAAGAAGUAACUGUUCUAGGUUUUCCUCUGAGGCCGAUCUGCUGAAAUUCUUUUCUCGGCUCCGAAUCCUUUGGGUUCUCACUGUUCCUCUUUUUCAGGAAGAGAAGGAGAAGGGUUUUAUUUAUUCUCCUAGACAUGUGGGUGAUAGAUCGGGAUCCAGGUUUUAUUGGAGAGGAUUCCGUCUUCUUACGGACCGAUGGUGUUGGAUGUGUGAAAGACCGAUCGUGUUCAGGGUGAAUCUGAUUGUCGGCGGCUUGAUCAGAAGUUUAAAUUUUCGUUUUUGCAUGAGAAUUUUAGAUGACUUUAGGCGUGAGGGCAGUUGAAGUCCUCAUUAUAACAGGAGUUUGAAUAAGCUGAUGCAGUGUUGUGACAGAAUAAUAUUAUUAUAGUCUGAUUUUAUUAUACCUUAAUCCUUACAAUGAGGAGCCAUGAACGUGCAGCAAAUGUCGCUCUUUUAGGUCUGACUUUGGCACCACUUUUCAUUAAGGUAAAUCCAAAUAUAAAUGUAAUAUUUUCAGCUUGCUUGACAGUGUAUGUUGGGUGCUACAGAUCAGUCAAGCCCACACCACCAUCUGAAACAAUGUCAAAUGAGCAUGCAAUGCGCUUCCCCCUAGUCGGCAGUGCAAUGCUCUUGUCGUUGUUCUUGCUCUUCAAGUUUUUGUCAAAAGACUUGGUCAAUGCCGUACUCACAUGUUACUUUUUUGUGCUUGGGAUCAUCGCUCUUUCUGCGACAUUAUUGCCUUCAAUUAAGCGCUUUCUUCCAAAACAUUGGAAUGAGGAUCUCAUUAUUUGGCAUGCUCCAUAUUUUCAUUCUUUCACAGUAGAAUUCACCAGGUCUCAGAUAGUUGCCUCAAUUCCUGGGACUUUUUUCUGUGCUUGGUAUGCUUCUCAGAAGCAUUGGUUAGCAAACAAUAUUUUGGGAAUUUCGUUCUGCAUUCAGGGUAUUGAGAUGCUGUCUUUGGGUUCAUUUAAAACUGGAGCUAUACUGCUGUCUGGUCUUUUUGUUUAUGACAUCUUCUGGGUGUUCUUUACUCCUGUGAUGGUCAGCGUGGCUAAAUCUUUCGAUGCUCCCAUAAAGCUUCUGUUCCCCACUUCAGAUGCUGCAAGACCCUUCUCCAUGCUUGGCCUUGGUGAUAUUGUAAUACCUGGUAUUUUUGUUGCAUUGGCCUUGCGUUUUGAUGUCUCAAGAGGGAAACAAAAUCGUUAUUUUAAUAGUGCUUUUCUUGGCUACACUGUUGGUUUGGUCCUUACCAUAGUUGUGAUGAACUGGUUUCAAGCUGCACAGCCUGCUCUCCUCUAUAUAGUUCCUGGUGUAGUUGGGUUUGUAGCAGUCCAUUGUAUAUGGAAUGGUGAAGUAAAGCCGGUUUGUUCUCUAACUACUCCAAUUCAUGUUUGUUUGUUCUUGUUAUGCAAGCUCAUCAAUCUUGCCUUUUUGCAUGUUUGUUCUUUUUUAAUUCAAUUUCAUCCGGGAUGAAUUAUGUUAUGCUGU